CAUCGGGCUCUGUGAGACGAGUCAUCAUUGUGGACGAACCCGACAAAGUGUUACUGAUGCAGCCUGUAAAAAAGGAAGAACCUGAAGAUGACAACUAUCUCUGUAAGACAACAAGGGGUGCAUUAGAUUCCAGUGUGGACCCUGUAAGACUUCUAAUUGUGCAUCAAAGUGAAUUUUAUACUUUUGGUUUGUUUGCUAAUUGCAUAAUUUAACAAACCAAAAAAGCAUUUGCCUAGGGGUGUGGCAAUGGCAGGGCUGAACAUAUUCCGUUGAACUCUUAUUCACUGCAAUGUGAAAAGGUAAACAAAGUUUGGGCAAGUGCACGUAGAAAUUACAGUCCAGUCUGGAUAUCCUAAAUCGUAUUUCUACAGCUCUGUCCUUUGGCUCAGUUUGCACCGAGUAGUUCAGUUUAGGAGCUUGUGUAAAAAAUAAACCAAAAAAACGAAUAGCUGUUUACUUCUUGCAGAUGGUUUCAUUCAGCAUCAAUUGCCUUUCUCACUGCAAUCACACCGCACUAGAGUUCUCUUGGAAAUCUCUCUUUUUCUCAGUGGGGUUCCUGUAACGUGCAUACAGGAACUGAAGUAGGAUGUCCAUCCAUUCCAUUCUUCCCUCAUCUCUCCACCUGGUCAGAUUGUAUCUUGGAGUUGUAUCUCCUCAGAGUUUUGCCCACAUUCCCUACCAUCUGUUGACUGGUGGAGCUCUGGCACAAACGGUUAAAUCCCUCGCGUUAUUGGUGUUCAUUGCAGAGUCUGCUACAUUAGUCGGAUCUGUUAAUUCACAGCUCUGGCGCUGGAGUUGGAUUUUCCACCACGUAAUGAACCCCUUGAUGGUGGGUCUGAAUCCCCUGGAAGCUCACUGCCCCUUAUGUGCUCACUGCCUUGGCAUUGAGCUUAGAGAUGCAGUGUACAGUUCAGACAUCCCCUGAGCUGAUAUGCCAUGCCUUGCUGACAGAUCGUGACCCUGAUUCAGAAUCAAAUCCGACCCAAAGCCUGCAGCUUGAAUUUGCUUGUCAUAUGCGCUGCCCAAGUGAAUGCCUUACUGAAUUGAUUCCUUUGUGGAUCUCUGGAGCCAUCCACAGUUAGCUUCUCUAAGAGCAACUCCAUGCCAGGGCUCUACAGAGGUGCUGCAGAGAAGUGGUCCUCUUUAACUUUGCCAAAUCAAAACAUUACCACUUGUGGUUUUUGCCUGCUGGGACAGGAUACGCUGACCCAUGACUGGCCUCACCAUCUAUUAUUUGCGUUUCCUUACUAACUACCUAUUCUUCCUACGUUGCACAGAAUUCAAGCGAGUAUGCCACAAGUCCUGCCUUUGACCCUGAGGUAGCCAGUAAGAUUACAACCUUUCUGAAGUGGCGAGGUACGCAAUACAGGCAACGUUAUGUGCAUCCCCGGUGUUCAUUCAGCUACAAGAGCAUUAGUGAGGUCAGGCGCUGAUGUUGGGAUGUCGAGGAGGUCUGGGGUUCAGUCGGUGUUCCAGUUCAUCCCAAAGGUGUUCAGUGGGGUUGAGGUCAGGGCUCUGUGCAGGACACUCGAGUUCUUCCACUCCAACCUUCACACACCAUGUCUUCAUGGAGCUCACUUUGUGCACAGGGGCAUUGUCAUGCUGGAACAGGUUUGGGCCUCUAAGUUGCAGUGAAGGGAAAUUGUAAUGCUACAGCACACAAAGACAUUCUAUACAGUUGUGUGCUUCCAACUUUGUGGUAAUAGUUUGGAGAAGAAACACACAUGGGCGUAAUGGUCAGAGGUCCAUAUAGUGUACCUUCAUACUCCAUGGUUCUGAUUUCGAGCAGAUGCUUAUUAUUUUCUAGCAGGUACUUCAGUAAAACUAUUGGAAUAUGUGGUGCUCUCUUGAUAAGCUCGAUCAGACCAACUUCAUUCGUCACAGAGGAAAAACGUGAGGGGCUACCUUAUCAAAACAGACACUAAUGUGAUAUGCUACUCCACAAGCCAUCUCAUCUUCAUAAGCAUUACUUAAAUGCAUGCCCAGGAAGUCUAUGGAGCUGUUACCUGGAUGUCACAAUGCACUUUGUCCAGGUUUUACAGGGUUAAAAUUCUUACAGGAUAUUCUUUCUGCCCUGGUGGUUAUCCAUGGUUCAUAGAACCACAGUUACAUUCACACCAGAGUAUGUAUUAGAUGUGUUCUCAACUCCCCAGUUGAACUAAAAAAUGAGGCAAAUACAGCAGGGUUUGAGAGAAAGCCCUCUAUGUAAUAUGUCUAAUGCUUUAGAUUAGGGUUUAAAUCACUGAGAUUCUGUCUACACUUACAGAAAAUACUUCUAUCUAGUACCCUAAAGGAUUUAUUGGGUUUAUUCUUUUGAGGGGAACCCUAGAGCACAGGGCUUCUAAGUAGAAUCUUUUUUAUUAAAGGUAAGCUAAAAGAUUUAACCAUCCAAACAACUGUUCAGGAUGAGAAUAUGUGUGUCAUUUUUGACUUGAAGUUUAUAAGAGAGAGAGAGAGAUGCUGCUCAAACAACUGGUUACAUGCAUCUAUCGCUGGAAUUUCAGACAUGUAGUGUUCCUAAAUUCGUCUCGAAAGGGAUUGUAGUGAGUGGUUUUUUUUUUUUUUGUAUCAUAUAUCCACAAGAGGGGCACUUUCAGGUUUUUAAAAUGGGACUUUGAAACCGGAAUGAAGACCGUAUGUUUAUCACUAGAGCUACUCCUCAGCAAUCAAGUUACUGAGGUAAAAUGUUAAAGGUACAAUGGAUAUGAGCUUAUUGUAUGGCAAAAGGAAAAAAGCUGAAGUUUCUUUACUGCCAGCAGAUCCAUAUGAAUCUGAGGUAGACAGUAUCAGGGACUCAGGUGAUGAUGAUGAUGAUGACCCAGAUUUUGUCCCACAACAAGGGAAGCGGAAAGCAGAAUUCUUUUUGGAGAACUCUCCACCUAGGUCUUCUGGACGUCCAAAAAAACGAAUUUGCAGGAAUACUCUUCUAGUUGUCCCUUCCAAUGUGGAACUAAGUACGUCAACACCUUCAAAAGUGACUGUUGAUCUUCCUAGUCCUGAUGAUUCUGUCUCCCUUCCCUUGGCCUCUAAAGAAGAACGAAGAAUCUGGAAGAAGAAAGACAUAUCAUCCUUUGAAGUUCCUGAACCCGUCUUCCCGACUCCUGAAAAAAUUCUUUCCCCUUAUCAGUAUUUUAAGAUGUUCUUCACAGACCAGAUGGUGUCACACAUUGUGGAACAGACAAAUCUUUAUUCAGCUCAGUGUAAUGGGUCCUCCAUUAACACAACCUUGCAUGAAAUGGAAGAGUUUCUGUCGAUGCUUCUUUUCAUGGGAGUUUUUGCAUUCCCUACUCUCGAUGACUACUGGCACGCUGAUUCUCGUUUUCCCGCUGUGGCCGACACAAUGCAUAUGAAGAGAUUCAAGAUCAUUCGCAGGUGGCUCCAUUUCAAUGAUAACUCCCACACAAACAGCAGCCCUGACCGCUUCCACAAGAUCAGGCCUCUCUUUGACAUGUUACGUGAGCAGUGUUUGCGUAUUCCAGCCACAAACACACAAAAUGUAGAUGAAGUUACGGUGACAUACAAAGGCACCCAAGCAGGCAACCUACGCCAGCACAUUGCGAACAAACCUGACCGGUGGGGUUUUAAGUUGUUUUGCCGGGCUAGCUCAUCAGGAAUCAUCCAUGACUUCCUUCUCUAUCAAGGGAGCACAACCUUCUUCAAUGUGACCACAGAUGAUGACACGGACCUUUUUGGGGCCAGGGUUGUUUCCAUGCUCUGCAAAACCAUCAAAGAACCGGAGUCCACAGUUGUCUUCUGUGACAGUUUCUUCACCAGCUAUGACUUGGUGAAAUCCCUAAAAGACAAUCUUGGAGUGAGGUGUGUGGGAGUAGUCCAUGAAAAACACACAGGUGGCGCAAACUUGGCCUCUGACCGUGAUCUUAAGAACGAGGGAUGUGGCACGUACUCAUUCUGCUCUUCAGAUGGCAUAAUUGCAGUAAAAUGGUUCAACAGCAAGUGUGUCACGUUGCUCAGCAAUGCAUGUGGAGUGAAGCCUUUGGAAAACAUCAGAAAGUUCAACAAGGGGUCCAAGCGCAAGUGUGAUGUCCCUUGCCCAGCCGUGAUAUCAACUUACAGCAAGUCCACGGGCGGCGCUGACCUCUCGGACAUGCUGAUCAACCUGUACAAAUCGCCAAUGAAGUCCAAGCGGUGGUAUCUUCCCCUGUUUGGCUAUAUUCUUGACCUCAGCAUAUGCAAUGCAUGGCUAGUGUACAAAAGGGACUGCACCCUCCUUGAAGCAAAUCCUCUUCCUCUGAAGAAAUUUCGAUUGUCUGUGGCCAACACGCUGAAGUCCGUCAACAAACCCUCAAAGGUUGGCCAACCACUGAGUGUCAGUACCAGUCUAAGCAACAGACCGAAGGCAAGAUCAUCUCAGCCCCCACCCGAUGUCCGCUAUGAUGGCUACGGUCACUGGCCUGUGUAUACUUACCAGCGGGGGAGAUGCAAAUUGUGUCCCAAAGACUGUGAGGACUGCAGAUGCUUCUUCAUUAAUGAGUGUGAAGUUCACGGUCCAGCUUUCUUCAUCCCUGAUACCCCUGUUCCUAUGGGGGUCACUGACCGAGCCAGACAAACCCUUCCUCCCGGUCUAGUGGUUCAGAAGUCUGACAUUCCUGACGCAGGCCUGGGAGUGUUUAAUAAAGGAGAGACUAUUCCAGCUGGUGUGCACUUUGGACCCUACCAGGGAGAUCUGGUAGACCGAGAAGAAGCCUUGAACAGUGUCUACUCUUGGGUGAUAUACAAGAGCAGACAGUGUGAGGAAUACAUAGAUGCCAAGAGAGACACACAUGCUAACUGGAUGAGGUAUGUGAAUUGCUCUACUAAUGGUGAAGAGAACAAUCUAGUGGCAUUCCAGUAUCAAGGAGGGAUUCUCUACCGUUCUUGUAAACCCAUCAAACCAGGGCAGGAGCUCUUGGUGUGGUAUGAAGAGGAGUACGCCAAACAUCUCGACCCUACGUUUGACUACAUAUGGAACAAAAAGUCCACAAUUGAAAUGAACAGUGCACCAUUGCAAGCAUUCUCCUGCUCUUUGUGUCCAUUUUCUUAUACAUCUCAAAUUUAUCUCUACAAACACAUCAGAAGAUGCCACUCUGAAGAAUAUGUGAGAUUGCUGAAAUCUGGAGGGAUUAAAAUCGAUAAACUGAUGUCCAAGAGAAGCUCCAUUAGUGAGCAAAUGUCCUCUGAUAUUCCCUGUACUAACACCUCUUAUGGGCAGAAAGAAAUCCAUGACUGCUCAGACUGGGGGAUGAGUUUUACUCACACAAGUUACUCACUACAAUGCCAGCAGACUCGCACAACAGGAAAGCAGUAUCAGUGCUCACAGUGUAGGAAGAGUUUUAGUAGACUGAUUAAUCUCCAAAUACAUCAGCGCAUUCACACAGGAGAGAAGCUGUAUCACUGCUCAGAGUGUGGGAAGAGUUUUACCCGACAGACUAAUCUCCAGCUACACGAGCGCAUUCACAAGGGGGAGAAGCCAUAUCAGUGCUCAGAGUGUGGGAAGAGUUUUACACAACAGACUAGUUUCCAAAGACACCUGCACAUUCAUACAGGAGAGAAACCGUAUCAGUGCUCAGAGUGUGGGAAGAGUUUUACACAACAGACUAGUCUCCAGCUACACCAGCGCAAUCACACAGGAGAGAAGCCAUUUUACUGCUCACAGUGUGGAAAGAGUUUUACUCGACUGAGUACUCUGCAAAGACACCAGCGUAUUCAUACAGGAGAGAAACCGUAUCAAUGCUCACAGUGCGGAAAGAGUUUUACACAACAGGUUAAUCUCCGACUACACCAGCGCGUUCACACAGGAGAGAAGCCGUGUCGCUGUGAACAGUGUGGGAAGAGUUUUACCCGGCUGAGUACCCUUCAAAUACACCAGCGCAUUCACACAGGAGAGAAGCCGUAUCAGUGCUCAAAGUGUGGGAAGAGUUUCACACAGCAGGUUAAUCUCCAGCUGCAUGAACGUGUCCACACAGGAGAGAAGCCGUGUCACUGCACACAGUGUGGGAAGAGUUUUACACGGCUCAGCAUUCUCCAAAGACACCAGCUCAUUCACACAGGAGAGAAGCCGUAUCAGUGCUCACAGUGCGGGAAGAGUUUCACACAACAGGUUAAUCUCCAUCUACACCAGCGUGUUCAUACAGGUGAGAAGCUGUGCCACUGCGAACAGUGUGGGAAGAGUUUUACUCACCUGAGUACUCUCCAAUCACAUCAGCGUAUUCACACAGGAGAGAAGCCAUAUCAGUGCUCAUGGUGUGGGAAGAGUUUUACACAGCUGAGUACUCUCCAAAAACACCAGCACACUCACACAAGAGAAAAGCCAUACUACAGCUCAGAGUGUGGGGAGGGUUUUAUACAAGAGACUUAAGGUUAAACAAUUUGAUACAUUGAUAGACCCUCACUUUCCCUUCAAAUCUACCAUUUUUCAUACUAUAUAUUUUAGAUAACCCAAUAUUCUGAAUAUGCCUGACUGAAUAAACAACCCAGACUUAAUUGA